UGGGUGGGUUCGGACUUUGGCGAUCGGAGGCGGAGGUGGUCUCAACUCAGCUUCUUGGGAAGGAAAGGAUAAAGUAUUCAUUCAUCUCUUUCUCUCUUUUCUGUGGACAAACAAUGGCUUUAUGGAGAUGUCGCAUGGCUUCAGGGAAUCUCCUCAACAAGCUUCUGCAUCCACCGUCUCGCCUUCCUUGUAGCAAUUUCUCCUCUGUUGCUGCUGACGUUAAUAAUCAAUCAAUGGUUGAGAAUAUGAAGAGAGAGUUACUUCAUCUUGACAUUAAUUCACAAAUUGGAAGUUGUAUGCCCCUUGCUGCUAUGCGAAUUGGAACGAUUAUCCACAACAUUGAGGUGAACCCGGGUCAAGGUGGAAAGCUAGUCCGGGCGGCUGGAACCUCAGCCAAGAUCCUCAAAGAGCCGAAAUCGAGGUACUGUCUGGUUAGAAUGCCAUCGGGUGUUGAAAAGUUGAUUGAUUCUCGUUGUAGGGCAACAGUUGGUACGGUGUCAAAUCCCAGCCAUGGAGCUAAGAAGCUUAGGAAGGCUGGACAGAGUCGUUGGUUGGGUAGGAGGCCAACGGUGAGGGGAGUGGCGAUGAAUCCAAUUGAUCAUCCUCAUGGUGGUGGUGAGGGUCGGAGUAAAAGUAGCGGGAGUUAUGGGAAGACUUCGCGAACACCUUGGGGCAAGCCUUGUAAGUGUGGGUAUAAGACUGCUUCUAGCAAGCACAGAAAGUAGUGCUUGUGCUCCACUUGGCACCUAGUUUUUUUGUAUGCAUUUCCGAAACUCAAAUGUUCUUGUUUUUGAGGAAUUUUAUUUAGUUAAAGAACUCCUUGUAUGGAUUGAGCUGUUGAAAUCAUAUGAAGAUGCAAUUUUCGUUCUUAUAGUUUCUGAAA